AUGACACUCCGGAAACACUACACCCCAGAGGUCCUCCUGAGCGCUCCACGAAGGUCAGCGGCGGUUCCGAGUCCCGAUGGAAAGCUCGCGCUUUACACACAAUCCACCUAUUCGUUUGACACCCACUCUCGCACCAGCGAGAUCUGUUGUCUAGAUCUCACCCAGGGCACCGCCACCACUAUCAGCAAAGACCCCAAGGCCAGCGAGCCCAGGUGGCUGGGGACCAAUCAUGAAGUCGUCUGGUUGAAGGAAUGCGAGAAUGGAAACACCAGCUUCAUCGUCACCGACGCCACUCUUCCUGGAAAAUGCUACACGGCCGGCACCAUUCCAGGCCCUGUCUCCAGUCUCAAGCUCUAUCUCAUUGAACCGGGCAAAGUCGCCGUUGCUGUUGCCGGUCAAGCCAAUCCAGAUGGGAGCUUGCACAAUCCCAAGGAUGUUCCGAAAUCCCAUACUUCAGCCCGUGUAUAUGACUCGUUGUUUGUGCGACACUGGGAUUCGUGGAUCACCGAGCAGCGAAAUGCCAUCUUUACAGCACUGCUGCAGAAGUCACAACCCAUGGUGACUUCUCGCCAAGGACGAUACAGCUUGCUUGGCUUCAAAAACGCAUUAUUGGGUACGGAGUUGGAAUGCCCCAUUCCAACGUUCGGCGGAGUCGACCACUUCGACAUUGGCCCGACAGGCCUGACGAUUGUGGCCAAAGACCCCCAUCUCAACCCUGCCACACAUACCAAGUGUGAUUGCUGGUUCGUACCAAAAAGGGAUGCCUUGGACAUGAAACCUGCAAGCUUCCACAAAAUUCACGUUCAUGGAUUGAAUGGGGCAGCUUCGUCGCCUGUCUUUUCGCCCAACGGAGAAUCCCUGGCUUUUCUCCAGAUGGCGACCGAUGGCUAUGAGAGUGACAAAAAUCGAAUAGUCCUUGUCCAUGGCCUAGGUGGACUUGAGAAGGGUGAAUCCGUACAUGCGGUCGAGCUCAUGCGUACAGACGAUGGCAAAGGCGGCUGGGCCAGGUCUCCUACCUCUUUAAAGUGGUCCGUGGAUGGCAAGAUGCUGCUAAUGGAAGCUGAAGACACCGGCCGAGGAUGUCUCUUUGCACUCGAUCUGACGGCGAGUCCGGGGCUAGAAUGGCGACCUCGCCAACUGACCCACAGCGGAUACAUCAUUGAUUUUGCUCCCAUGUCGGCCACGUCUAAUCUUUUACUCGUCUCCAGUAAUAGCCUGAUCGACAACAGCACAUACUCUCUUGUCGAUCCCGAUGCCCAGACCGAGGCGAGACCGGUGGUCAUUUCGUCGCUGAGCAAGAAUGGAAGCAUGUUUGGUCUGUCUCCCGAACAGGUCUCCUCGAUAUGGUGGAAAGGUGCGAAUGACCAUCCCGUGCACGCUUGGAUGGUGAGGCCUUCCUUCUUCCGAGCGGACCAGAAGUAUCCCCUUGCAUAUUUGAUCCACGGUGGCCCGCAAGGCGCCUGGAACGACCAAUGGUCGACGCGUUGGAAUCCUGCUGUCUUCGCUGAGCAGGGGUAUGUGGUUGUCUGUCCUAAUCCAACGGGAUCGACGGGCUAUGGCCAGGCCUUUACCGACGCGAUCCGAAAUCAGUGGGGUGGUCUCCCUUACGAGGACCUCGUCAAAGGCUUUGACUUCAUCGAGUCGGAAUUGGGGUUCAUUGACGCCUCGCGAGCAGUUGCCCUGGGUGCCAGCUACGGCGGAUAUAUGAUGAACUGGAUCCAGGGGCACAACCUGGGUCGCAAAUUCAAGGCACUGGUCUGCCACGAUGGCGUGUUCAGCAUGACGGGCCAGUUGGCGUCUGAGGAGCAGUACUUCCCCGUCCACGACCUCGGAGGGCCCAUUUGGGAGAGACAGGAGAUCUACGAUCAAUGGGAUCCCAGCCGGUUCACUAAAUACUGGGAGACACCCAUGCUUGUGAUCCACAACGAACUUGACUACCGCCUGACGGUUGCCGAGGGUCUCUCGGCCUUCAACGUGCUACAGAUGAAGGGGAUCGAAAGUCGGUUUUUGAGUUUUCCAGACGAGAACCACUGGGUGUUGAAGCCGGAGAACAGCCUCGUCUGGCACCUCGUGGUGAUCAAUUGGAUCAACAAAUUUGUGGGGUUGCCCAAGAUGGUCGACCGGCAAGGCAGGGAUGGGUCGGGGUUUUGCAGGCAGGAAAGCAGGAGGAACUGGACUCGGAAUCACGGGGCGUCGCGUCUCGAGCAGUGA